AGUCCGAUUCACCAUAGAGAAGCCCUACUCGCCUUAGCGUGCCGGGUCGCGCUAGUGUGACGUCACGUAGGCGCCGCUCGCUGCAGGCUUUCCCCGCCCACCCGGCGCCGCUCUCUCUUUCCGGACCUGGUGGAGCAGAAGGCGCCAUCAUGGGAGUCGACAUCCGCCACAACAAAGACCGAAAGGUUCGGCGCAAGGAGCCCAAGAGCCAGGACAUCUACCUAAGGCUGUUGGUCAAGCUAUACAGAUUUCUGGCCAGAAGAACCAACUCCACCUUCAACCAAGUGGUGCUGAAGAGGUUGUUCAUGAGCCGCACCAACCGGCCGCCUCUGUCCCUUUCCCGGAUGAUCCGCAAGAUGAAGCUUCCUGGCCGGGAGGGCAAAACCGCCGUGGUUGUAGGGACUAUAACCGAUGACGUGAGGAUCCAGGAGGUGCCCAAACUGAAGGUGUGUGCCCUUCGUGUGAGCAGCCGCGCCCGGAGCCGCAUCCUCAAGGCUGGGGGCAAGAUUCUCACCUUCGACCAGCUGGCCCUGGACUCCCCCAAGGGCUGUGGCACCGUCUUGCUUUCUGGUCCUCGCAAGGGCCGCGAGGUGUACAGGCAUUUCGGCAAGGCCCCAGGAACCCCCCACAGCCACACCAAACCCUACGUGCGAUCCAAGGGCCGGAAGUUCGAGCGUGCCAGAGGCCGCCGGGCCAGCCGCGGCUACAAAAACUAACCCUGAAUCUUAUCAUGUUAUUAAAGGUUUUGGAUGCUGA